GAAUGGCCAGUUUCGUCUUGGUAAGCAAAGUUAGCAGAGCAUGUGGUUCAGUUUGGGAAGAUCUGAGGGUUUCCCCACUCAAUACCCUCCAAAUGCUAGUGCAGUGCACUUCGAUACCAUAGAAUUGGGUAUAAUAAUAGUGUUUUUGAUGCUGAUGUUCUGUUUUGCGAUUUCUUUACCGUCUACAGAUAAAAAAGCGAACAUUUUUGCAUAUUCGAGAAUUUUUAUACAGCUGCUCAUUGGAUUACUCAUCUUAUUAGGAAACUUCGGGCAAAAUUGGGAAAAAGCCGUGGUGAAUGCUAAGACGCCUUACAAAGCAGGAAAUGCAGCAGAAAUCAAUGCCACAAUAGGUGUCCAUAUCGGACUCAGAAGUGUGAAUAUAACUUUGAGGAGCACUUCGAAUCAUAGUUCAGAAUUGAAGGGUGAAAUAAUUGAUUACAAUGAAAGAUUCACAUGGACAUGGGACCAGGGAAAUUUGGGCUUUGGACCAUUUGCUGGCCGAUUACAGCAAGAGUUCAGAGCUGCUCAGUUGCGUGGAGUUCCAACGCCAAUUUUAUGGAUAGUGGAUUAUUUCGUUAUAGAUGGUGAGGGAUUUCGUUAUGGAAGAUUUUAUAGAACUUCAGGGUGGUACUGCCAUAUUUUGAUGUGGAGUGCAUUUGCUACUUGGAUACUGGCACUAAUACUGUUCAGAUCUGUCAUCGUUUAUGGCGGAUACUGCUUGGGAAUGACUGGGAUUCUGCAGUUGGCUGCGAAUUUCAUCUGGGUUGUUGUUAAAAACCCAAGCCCUCUGUUCAUCCCUUUCGAUGGCGCAGAUUUGAGAACUAGCUUCGGAAGUUCUUUCUGGAUAACAUUUUUCAAUGGUAUUUUAUGCGUUAUUUGUGCAGUUAUAAUAAUCGUAAUGGAUCAAAGAUACGACCACUACCUAUAUACAUAUUUCGACGUUGAUCCAUUGACGAGUUUCGAUGAGAUAUCAUACUUGACCCCAGAAGAAGAAUCGGUUCUGAGGCAUAAAGAAGUUAAGAAUGAUAUACCUUUAAUACCUAUGGCUCAACAAGAAGAAGAGGAAGAGGAUAAAGUUGAAUAUAUUCCAGUUUACAAAAAACGAGGCACCGUACGUUAUAGACAGAAUGCUCCUUUACCACCUCCUGUACCCAGGGAGAAGAAACCUAAGCACUUGAUGAAUCAAGUAGUCUGAAUUUAUCGUUUAUUUCAUGCUUCUCUUAGAAUUUGCAAGAUGGAUUUACUAAGAAUAAAUUUUGAGAGAA